AUGGCCUCCCUGCAGUUCCAUCACCACCGGUCCACUGCUCCUUUAUCAUUGUCUGAGCCAUUGCUAUCUAGUUUGUCUAUCAACAGCAAUGAAUCAGACCCUACAAGUAUUGCCCUACCAUCUCUUCCAUCCUAUGUGUUUAUCCAUUCUGCAUCCGGCAAUGAACUGCCACCGCCUGUCCCAACUUCUGGCCAUCAGUGCCAACAAUCCACCCAUUCCACCCCUCAGCAAGCCUCUUCUCGUGGACGUUCACCCGUGUGUGGUGGUGGGGUUACAACAGUUUCUCAGCUACCUACCCCCACAUCAAAAUGUGCUUGUGAGGUCAAGGAGCCUGUCCCCUCACCAACAAAGCCCGCGGAGCCAAAGCAGAUGAGAGUGGCAAAAAAACGUGAAUCCAAGGGCGAGCAUUUGAAGGCCAUCAUAGAGCCCCUCCUUCAGCAGGGUGAUAGUGAGCGCAUUGCAGAAAUAGGGCUAAAGCGAGCCAAUCUACUUCAGCUGUUUGUCUGCCUUGAUCUUCAAGUUGGUGCCUUUCACAAUUUCUAUCCCAUGCUCAUACUAUUCCCAGAGGAGCCCUGGGUCAUCAAACCAACAUAA